AUGUGUUAUAGCUUCUUCCACAUUUGUGACUUCACUUUAAGCACAUUUGUCAGUCAAGAAGGAUGGAUAGACACAAGAUUGAGUUUCAGAAAUCUCAUACCUGCGGAUUACCUCGAAUUAGAUUCCAGAUUAAUGGAAAAUGUCUGGGUUCCAGACCUAUAUGUUCGGAACGAAAAGCAAGCGUAUUUCCAUACAGUUACUAUUCCAAAUAAGAUGUUACAUAUUUACAAGAACGGAGUGGUAAAAUAUAGAUCUAGGAUCACGUUAACUGCAUCAUGUCCUAUGAAACUUCACAAGUAUCCAAUGGACAGACAGAUGUGUUCAUUAUUUAUACAAAGUUUUGCAUUUACGACAAAUCGAUUAGUAUUCAGAUGGCGGAAGAACGAGCCUAUCAGAUUGAAUCCAAAUCUUGAAUUGCCCCAGUUCACACCGUACAGACAUGAGACAGAAAACUGUACAGAUAUCGGAGAAGGCAACACCUGUUUACAAUUCAAUAUAUAUCUUGAACGGAACAUUGGAUUUUAUAUGAUACAGACAUAUAUACCCAGUGUUCUCAUUGUCAUGUUGUCAUGGCUGUCGUUUUGGCUUAAUGUUGAUGCCGUUCCUGCUCGAAUAUCUCUAGGUAUUCUUACUGUUCUGACAAUGACAACCCAAAGAAGUAUGUCCAAUGUUUCAUUGCCACGAGUGUCUUAUGUAAAGGCUAUUGAUGUUUGGAUGGCCGUUUGCCUUUGUUUUGUAUUUUCUGCAUUGCUCGAGUACGCAUGUGUCAACGUUUUAUCACGAAACCAGCUUCGACGAAGACUUCGAAAAGAUAUGUUAGACAGACAAAAUGGCAUUCAAGAACCAAAAAAUGGUCUCAUCAGUGGACUGAUGAUUAAACGGUCACGUGACAACGCACAAAACAUAGAUGACGUAUGCAGAAUUGCUUUUCCAGUCAGCUUUUUGGUAUUUUGCAUUGUUUAUUGGAGUUGCUAUCUGACAACACAUUGAAAAGAAAUGAAACUUUCAGCUUUUUGUCAACGGAAUCUCCAAAGAACUUUUUGGACUUCAUAUAACUUAGGAAUAACAUAACGAUGUCUACGUAACUUAUUAAAGUUUCUCUAAAAUUCUGCAUUUGAAGUUGAAUAAUCGAAAACUAAGAAGUUGUGGACUUCAUAAUUGUCUACAAUUUAUAUAAUGUCUAUAACAAACUCUAAAAUGACAAUUGAUUCGUGCUUUUAAUUUGUUGAUGAUUUAUAUCACAAAUUAUAAAUGUUUAUGAAGCGUUAUGUUGAAUAUUAAGAUGAAUGAAGGAUUUCAGUCUGUUGAUACACGGUUUUUUAAGUUUACCAAUACAACGAAUCAUGGUUCAAUUCCCUACAUCUCAAUGCUCAAUUGUGUUCAUAAAUUAAUUGUCACGAGAAACAAUAGUACAUGUUUUCAUAUUGAUAAUGAUUUCCACGACCCGAUGCGUGUAAAUCAGUUUUGGGCUAUGCUUUGUCCCUCUUGUAAAAACGAUAUAUCAUAACAAUAACGUUUUAGAAAUGUUAAGUGUUGGAUUUACUUGGUAAAAACUAGGUACAAAUGACAUUUUAUUUUAUGAAGUCUUGCAGUACAUACCAGUCUGGAUACUACAACGUUUUUAUAGCUAGCAUUUAAACUACAAUUACCACCAGAAAAAAGUUGUCAAAAGUAUCCAAGAAGAUCUGUACAUUGUAUUUCUAUCACCGUAUGUUAAAUAAUAAUUGUUAAAUUACACAAUUACACUCAUUUAUGCAUGAACGUCCUUGCAUUGUAAAUGAAUCCAGGUUUAAUUAAAUAAUUUU